AUGCGCGAUCUCCGGAAGAAGAUUCUCCUCGAGAGCGGCAAGACCGUCUCCAAAAAGGCGCGCACGAGACCCGAGUCCGCGCUCGCUACGCCGGGCGGAUCGCCAGCUGCCUCUCGCGUUGGCUCUCGAGUCAACAGUCGAUAUGCCUCCGACGAAGAAGACCCCAGUGACGACGACUACGACGACAGUCUGGCCAGCUCCAUGAUCAACUCCGAAGAGGGCGACGAAGCUGCAACGCCUUUGGCGAGCUGGACAGACCGGCUACGCGACCGCAUUACCGAGCUGUUGGACCGUAAGCGCAGUAGUGCGAAGGGGCGAGAGAACAGCUUGGACGCAUAUACGCAUUUGAUCCGACACCAUUGCGCGACCGAGGAGAUCGAGAACCAUUUCAAUGAACUUGUUCCAGCGCUGCUGAGGAGUAUACGUGGUGGAAGCAACAGCGACGAGACCCUAGCAGCGAUAAAGGCCUUGACGGUGACCAUUCUUUCCACCGAGUCCGAGACAGUCUACGAUCAUGUCUAUUCGAGUUUGAAGGGCGUCUGUCAGGACUCGGACGAAGCGUCCGUCAAGGUGGAGGCCAUCGAAGCCAUGGGCGUAGCGACAAUGUGCGGCGGUGGAUCUGUCACGGCCGCAGAGGAGCUGAUGGAAUUCUUGGUCGAGAUCAUCGAGAGUGACGGGCACAGCAUCGAAGCUGGGGACAACGGACCUACCGUGGCUGCAGCAUUGAGCACUUGGGGAUUUGUCGCGAGCAAUCUUGACGAUUUGCAAGAUCAAAGCGAAGAGGCACUGCAGGCAUUUACCGAUCAACUCGAUAGCAGCGAUGUUGAAGUCCAGAUUGCUGCCGGUGCCAACAUUGCUUUGAUCUUCGAAGCAGCGCGCGAGUACGAAGAGGAGACUGAAGAAACGUGGAACCUCCAAUACGACCAGCACAAACUCUUGCAACGAAUGACUGCGCUUACCAGGGAAUCCUCCAAGUCGAUAUCGAAGCAGGACCGGAAGCUUCUCCACGCGAGUUUCAACAGUGUCCUGACCUCUCUAGAGCAAGGCAAGGGGCCCGGGUACUCGACGGCACGACGGAUGGCCAGCAAUCCCCACGCGGGUGGCAGCAAGGCGGACUUCAAUGACGAGUACAAAGAGUACGGUUACCGACAGAAGAUCCGGAUUCACAACAUCAGCAUGAUCAUCGAUACGUGGUCACUGUCUGCGCGGGUGGAAAUGCUCAAGUCUAUCCUGGGAGGUGGUCUGGGAAUCCAUUACAUGGGCAACCCUGUGGUCAAGGACUUGCUGAGCAGUGCACAGGUCGAGUAG